UAUAAUAAAAUUUUUGUUUGCUUAUUCUACCAACAAUGUGUCAAUAAUGUGAUUUGUGAACUGAGAAAUCUACAAAAAAGAUCUGAACAAAAUGACAUUUGAGAAGAAAUCUUCAAGUUGUAUUAGUUCCUCCUACGACAUAACAUUAAGUGCAACAACAGACCCCCCAAAAUGGAUGUUUUGGAAAAAACGUCGCUACGUCGUAGCAACCCUUGCAUUUUUUGGAUUUUUCAACGCUUAUGCCCUUCGAGCAAACCUGAGUAUUGCCAUUGUAGCCAUGACAGAAAAUAAAUCAACGAUUUUAGACAACGGAACAGUGAUUUUUUCAGGCCCCGAAUUCGAUUGGGACUCAAAAGUCCAAGGGGUGGUCCUAAGUUCCUUCUUCUACGGCUACAUCACCACCCAGUUGUUCGGUGGUUGGCUUUCGGCGAAAAUCGGGGGUAAAAGAGUCUUCGGUGGGGGGAUUGCUGUCACAGCAUUCCUGACCCUGAUAACCCCCCUCCUGGCCCGAGUCAACAUUUACUUGCUUCUCACUUUGAGGAUAAUCGAGGGGGUCUUCGAGGGGGUGACUUACCCUUGCAUCCACGCGGUUUGGGCCCGAUGGGCGCCCCCUUUGGAGAGGACCAGAUUGGCCACUUUGGCCUUCGCGGGGAGCCACAUCGGGACUGUGGUCUCCAUGCCAGUUAGUGCCUAUUUGGCCACGGCGUUGGGGUGGCCCAGCAUUUUUUAUUUCUUUGGUACCAUUGGGUUGGUUUGGUUCGUGGUUUGGUGGAUUGUUGUGGCGGAGUCGCCGGCCGAGGACCCACGAAUUUCCAAAGAAGAAUUAGAUUAUAUUCAACAGUCUUUGGGGAAUGUUGAUGCAAAAGAAGGGAUUGUGUAUCCCUGGAAGAGGAUUUUCACGUCGGCGCCGGUUUGGGCCAUUGUGGUGUCACAUUUUACCGAUAAUUGGGGGUUUUACACGCUGUUGACACAAUUGCCAAAGUUUAUGAAAGAAGUGCUAAAUUUUGAUCUGAGCACCACUGGUUACCUCACCGCCAUUCCUUACCUAGCCAUGGCCAUCAUGAUUCAAGUUUCCGGUCAUUUGGCCGAUCGUCUCAUGGAAAAAAAGGUUUUUACUACGACACAAGUGCGGAAAAUCUUCAAUUGUGGGGCUUUUAUCUUGCAUGCUGUGUUUAUGAUUGGUGCAGCUUUCAGUCAAACUGCUUUAUCGACGAUUAUCUGCUUGGUUUUCGCCGUGGGUUUGGGGGUUUUUUCGUGGUCAGGAUUUGGGGUGAAUUACCUGGACAUUGCCCCGCAAUAUGCGAGUGUUAUUAUGGGAGUUAGUAACACUUUUGGAACCUUGGCGGGGAUUUUUAGCCCCAUUGUUACAGGAUAUAUAGUUACGACACCGUCCGCAGAUGAGUGGCAAAUAGUAUUCUUCAUAGCUAGUGGAUUAUUUGUACUGGGAAGUAUUGUGUAUGGAGUUUUUGCUUCCGGGGAAGUACAACCCUGGGCUCUCCAAAAGCCUGAAAACAAGACUGCUGCAUAUGAGAACAGCUUUUGUGAAGCUGAUGAUUAAAUAUUCUACAUUUAAGUUAAUAAAUUAUGAA